AUGAAGAUCAGUGGAUCAGCCGUAGCUGGUUUGGCGUUGUUGGCUUGUUGUGCUAUUAAUAGUAGUUCAGCCUUUGUGCCUCUCCACACUGUUACUACUAGUAGUACUAGUACAUGUACUACUAAUAAGCUGUGGAGCACCACUGUAAAGAGUGGAGUGGAAAUCAGUCCUCUGAAUGGAGCAGAUGUGGGAGCAGCUGAGCUGGACAAGAACGCGCGCACAACUUCCAUUGAAGCAGGAGACAUCAAUGCUGCUACAUUGGAAGCCAGGAGAAAAGCAGCUGACUACUUGAGUCAAUACCAAGGUCAAUCAGGAGCUGCCCUUGUGUACUCCAAGUUGGUGGAGCAUGGAGUCACUGUGGUCAAUGGAUACUCUGGAGGAGCUGUGCUUCCCUUGUUGGAUCAGUUCCACAAGAAACACCCAAGACACACCAAGGAAAAACCAGCCAGUAUUCAAUGGAUCACCAACUCUAAUGAGGGAAAUGCAGGAUACAUUGGAGAAGGAUAUGCCAAGGCCCUGCCCAUCAAAGAAGGAGACAAACACAAGCCGGUUGGAGUUGUCGUUGCCACUAGUGGACCUGGAGUCACAAACCUCAUCACUCCUCUUCAAGAUGGACUCUGUGAUGGAGUGCCCAUGGUUGUCCUGUGUGGACAAGCUGCCACUGUCGCUCCUCCAGAUGCCUUCCAAAGUGCUCCUGCCGUCGCUCUCACUGAACCUUGCACCAAGUGGAGCUACCAGAUCAAGAGUGCUGCUGAAAUACCUUAUGUCAUGGAGUACGCUUUCUACAUGGCCAGAAAUGGAAGACCUGGACCCGUAUUUGUCGAUCUGCCCAAGGACUUGCAGAACCAGGUUCUAGACCAAAACCUAUUACAAGACUUCAUCGACACUAACUUCCACUCCAAUACACCCGCCGAUUAUCAGUUCGUUAGAAUGAAACCCAGACAAAGACCUGAUGGAACCCUAUUCCAGUCCAUUUUCUUGGGAGCUGAAAAGGGAGGACUCACCACAAAACAAGAUAGAGGACUACCUUUCGAUGUCGUCUACUCCGAUGAUCUUGAACUACCAUACAAACUCGAAGCCGUCGCUAACCCAAUCUCUGAUGAUCCAUCCGCCGAUACACACCAUGCCGACCACCAUCCCACUGGAAAAAUCGUUUACACUGGCAGAGACGGACAAAACCCAGAAAUCGUCACCAAGGAAGGAUCCCUCAAGGAUGGAGCACUUCUUGAUCAGCUCGUCACCCUCAUUGGCAGAGCCAAGAAACCCAUCAUCAUUGCUGGACAAGGCUGCAACGAUGCCGCCAAGGAACUUCAAGAAGUCGCAGAGAUUCUACAGAUACCCGUUACUACCACCCUUCAUGCCCUAGGAUGCUUUGACGAAAGACAUCCACUCGCUUUGAACAUGAUGGGAAUGCACGGACAUCCCACACCCAACUACCUCGUGCAAGAAUCAGACCUCAUCCUUUGCGUCGGAUCAAGAUUCGAUGACCGAAUCACCGGAAGAAUGAGCGACUUUGCACCAGAAGCAAAGGCGGCAGAACAAGAAGGACGCGGAGGAGUUAUUCAUGUAGACAUUCGAUACACUGAAAAGGGAAAACAGGUACCACCCACAUAUUUUGUACAUUCCACAGGAAAGGCAUUCCUGCAGACGCUCAGAGACAAAAUCAAGGAAACCACCAUCAAUCCAACCACACAAGCAUGGCUACAAAGAAAAGCACAGCUACAGCAAGAUUUCCCCGUCAAAGUGCCAGAGUUCCCCGCUCUCGACGUACCGUCGGAAGAUGGAACCACCACUGUGAAGAAAACGCCCAUGUCCGCACAGUCCGUCAUUGCCGAAAUGGACAGACAGUUGCUCGCUAAAGAAGGAGAAAUGGACAACUCCAUCUUCACGACUGGAGUUGGAAUCCACCAAAUGGUUGCCGCACAGUUGAUCACUUGGACGCAACCGAGGCAAAUGAUCUCUUCUGGAUCGCUAGGAACCAUGGGAGUCUCUUUGGGAUACUCCAUUGGUGCCAAGCUGGCGAACUGGCUCAAGCGCGUCGUAUCGGUUGACGGAGACGGAUCCUUCAACAUGUCAUUCACGGAACUCAAAACUGUCGCUGAAGAAAAAAUUCCCGUCAAGCUCUUGAUCCUGGACAAUGAAUCGCAAAUGAUGGUCGAGUACUGGCAAAAACUGUUCCAAGGAGGCCGCUUGUUGGCGGUCCGGAAUUCUAUGAACCCAGAUUAUGGCAUGUUGGCUGGCUCAUUCGGAAUCAAGAGUAUCUUCUGCGAUCACCAAGAAGAUCUGGAGGCCAAGAUGAACGAGUUCCUUUACGAAGAUAUUGAUGAGCCUGUUCUCUUCCAUGUCAAGAUUGAACGCACGCCCUGCUUACCGUUGGUGGCCCCUGGACAACCGCUGGAUGACAUGAUCCUGGAAGACUACUAUCGAGAGUUUGAUGCUUCAGCGGCCCCGAGCUAA